AUGGUUCAGAAAAAGAGAAAAGAGAUUGAUGGGGAAUCAUCCUCCUCGUCAGUAUCUCAAAAAGUCGAAAAUAUAGUAGCUACUACAGCAAAGAAAGUUGUCAAGAAACAAAAGAAUGCUGCCAGUGGUAAUAAUAAUAAUAGUAAUAGUAACAAUAAGCAAUCUGAAAUUGAACGUUUAGCAUCUGCAAAAUCAACACAAGAAAAGGAACAAGUCAAGUCUGUCGUACCAUCACUCGAACAAGAACAAGAUAGAAACCAAAAAAAGAAAAAUAUAGUUCAACAAAUACAAGAAAAGAAAUCAUUAAAACAACAACAAGAACAAGAACAAGAUGAUGAUGAAGAAGAAGAACAAGUUGAACAAGAACAAGAACAAGAAGAAGAAAAUAAUAAUAAUGCCGAUAAUGUUACUGCUGAAGAAUUAGGAAUUGAAGGUAAUAUUGAAUUUGAAAAGUUACCAAUUGAAGAAAAGACAAAGUUGGCAAUUGCAACGAUGGGAUUCAAGACAAUGACACCAAUUCAAGCAAAGUCGAUUGUACCAUUACUCCAAGGACGUGAUAUGUUGGGUGCUGCUCGUACGGGUUCGGGCAAGACAUUGGCAUUCCUUAUCCCCGCCAUCGAGGUGUUGGUCAAGUCCAACUUUUAUCCACGUAAUGGAACCGGUGUCAUUAUCAUGUCGCCAACACGUGAGUUGGCUUUGCAAAUCUACGGUGUCGCUGCCGAGUUGAUGGCUCACCAUUCACAGACACACGGUAUCAUUAUGGGCGGUGCCGACAAAAAGGCCGAGGCUGAGCGUCUCGUCAAGGGUGUCAACUUGCUCGUUGCCACUCCCGGUCGUUUGUUGGACCACUUGCAAAACACACGUGGAUUCGUUGUCAAGAACCUCAAGUGUCUUGUCAUUGAUGAGGCUGACCGUAUGCUCGAAGUUGGUUUCGAAGAGGAGAUGCAUCAGAUUGUCAAGCUCCUCCCCAAGGAGCGUCAGACCAUGCUCUUUUCGGCCACUCAAAGCAACAAGGUCGACGCUAUUGCCCGUGUGUCGUUUAGAAGCGACCCAGUCUACGUCGGUGUCGACGACGACCGUCAAGUAUCGACCGUCGAGGGUUUGGAGCAAGGAUACGUCGUCUGUCCAUCCGAGAAGCGUUUCCUGCUCCUCUACACAUUCCUCAAAAAGAAUCUCAACAAAAAGGUAAUCGUUUUCUUCUCUUCAUGUAACUCUGUCAAGUUCCACGCCGAACUCCUCAACUACAUCGAUAUCCCAGUCUUGGCGUUCCACGGCAAACAAAAGCAAACGUUGCGUACCAACACCUUUUACGAGUUUGUCAAUGCCCAAAAGGGAAUCCUUCUCUGCACCGACGUCGCUGCUCGUGGCGUAGAUAUCCCCUCGGUUGACUGGAUCAUCCAAUACGACCCACCUGAUGAUCCCAAGGAAUACAUCCAUCGUGUCGGUCGUACCGCCAGAGGCACCGGCAAAAAGGGACGUGCCCUCAUGUUUUUGUUGCCACAAGAACUCGGUUUCCUCAAGUACCUCAAGCUCGCCAAGGUGCCCCUCAACGAGUACGAGUUCCCCCAAAAGAAGGUAUCCAACGUGCAAGAACAGCUCGAGAAGCUCAUCUCGCACAACUUUUACCUCCACAACUCGGCCCGUGACGCCUACCGUAGUUACAUUCUCUCGUACGCCUCUCACUCGCUCAAGGACAUCUUUGACGUCAACAGUCUCCAACUCGGCCACGUCUCGAUUGCCUUUGGCUUCCAAAACCCACCCAAAAUCCCACUCACCAACAUCAUCUCCACCUCUGCUCUCAGCAAAUACGAAUCAAAGGACAAGGCUCAAAGACCUGGUGGUUCUCGUGAUCGUUCUCAACCAGCUUCUUACACUCGUAAUGGUUUUUCUGAAGAAAAUCCAUAUGGUAAAUAA